CAGGUAGCUUCGUUUGUAAUUCGCUGAAACUCAAUUUUGUUAUGUUUUUUUUGUGCAUUGUUUCGUGAUAUAAAAAUUACUUGGAUUUUUUUAGAAAGACCUUCACAGAUAUGUAGCAGAGGAAAUCCAGAAGCGGGGAUUAUUAUGGAUUUAAUGACUGGGAACCCGCAUUGGAGUUGAUAAUUGAAUUCUGUGACUUUCCAUAAAAAGAAAUUGUUACGAUAGAAGCUUGUGACGAGAUUGAAAGUUAUACUCGUUUUCAUGUCACAAAAUUAAAUACUUAAAAUGUUGUGCCUCGCUCUAAAACGAACUGUAUCAUGCUUUUAUUGCAUGUAUAUCUAGCACUUUGUAGGUUAUGUUUUUAUUGUCAUCAUUCCUGUAUAUAAAUGUAACGAGUGAAUCGUUAGCGGCGAAAUCCCCUCUCUUCAGAGUCGUCACUGAACAAUUGAUUGUUAUAGGAGUAAUUAUAGGUUAGCGGGUGAUGCAAUAAAGAAUUGUUGAUGCAACGUUCGGUAAAAAGUAAUCAUGCUCGUGGAAUCACACAGAGAUCAGAGAUUAAUUAAUGAUUCGAAAGUCCAGUAAACUAGCGCGUGAAUGUUAAAAAAAAGAGUAGAUGCGUAAGGUGUGCUUAUUCAAAUAUGGCGGAAAGAGUCGCGUCGACGGCGCAGUGCUGCCAGAACGGAAAUACUCGGUGACGCUACUGGUAGGCUGCUCCCUCCAAAACCGCGCGUGCAUUGGCAACAUUGUUUUUUGGUAGUUUACAAAUAAAAUGGCCGAUAUAUGAGGCUAUUUUGUAUGGACAAUAAAAUAUGCAAUUCCAUAAAAUUAAUGACGAUUACUCGUUCGCGGCAGUACGUUAGAGUGAAAUAUCGGUGGUCUAAACUGCGGUAAAAGUACGUGUAGUGCAAGUGAGUGCGUGGGAGUGCCGUAGGAAGAAGGUGGAGGUUGUCUUUCGGGAGCCGUGGACGCCGCGAGCCUCAAGAAGACCGAGAGGGAGAGAAACGCUGCGAGCCCCGAUAUACGCGCGAGGCUCGCGCGGCUCCCGGAUUUUUUUUCAUUGGAUCACACUGGCACGACAAAUACACGAAAACGGCCUCAGAAUUGUGAAGCCUCCUUAUAGCACGGAGCACCCUCUAACUCGUCAGCUCCAUUUUUAUGGGCAUAUCUGCCUCCUGGUGCAGGCUACGUCGCAGGGAUCCACGGCAUACAGAGCCAGCAGUGCUGGACAAUCCGUAACUUUCAACCAUACGAUACAUGCCAACACAGGAAGCAGUUGACUUUUUAGGAGUUGCACUCUUAUUUCCCUUGUAUCUUCUUUGCUGAGUUGUUCUCUAGUACCCAAGCUCCUAGAGCAUCUAAGGCCCGACACCGUUCGGGCAGAUAUGAUACCCAGCCUUGUACCAUACCACCGAGAUACUGGAGCGUGACGGGUUAUUUUACCUAGAACCUCUUAAGAUAUUUCCUGGAGACCAGUUCGCUGUAGUCGAACAAUCCAGUGCAGAUGAUGCAUCGGUAGACACGGAGGGGCCUACUAGUACUGUGGCUAGCCAGAGCUCCAACCCCUCCGUUACCACUUUGACUAAGAUGUGCACUACUCCUGGCAAUGCAGGUACCGGUUUCGGGUACGCUUGGUCGUUUAGCGGCCCUGGAACCGAAACUCGUGAGAAUGCACAGAGUGACCUUGCUACUAACAUCAGUUACGCAGUCAACAACAAUCAAGACCAGGGUUCCAGUCAGAAGAUACAAGUGGAUAUUAAGCCAACCAAGGUCGCUAAUAGUGCUCAUCGUAGACCUAUGUUUGCAAUGAAUGAGAGUUGUCAACAGACCCCUACGACACAUCAUGGUCACACAGGAGCUCACAAUCAAACACAUGGAGGGCACGUUCGUACUAAGAAACAUCAUGAUGCUUUUUCUCUAACCUGUGACAAGGGAGGUUGUAACUGUGAUGCAGCACAUCCUACACCCCCGCCUUCAUUAUUCUCCAACACUUUAGUUUUUACAACCGCAGACAAACACGCCAUGAGCAAACAUUUCAUGACGCCCCUGGGUCCGCUGCAGCUCACCGUUGAAGAGUGCAAUGAAAUCCUUAUGAAAAGAGCGGCUGCUGCAUCCAAUCAAGCAAAUGCAAAUAAUGUUGCUGCGAGUCAGACAGAUACAACAGCCCAUUUUGGACAUGUGCUAACCCACGUAAACACCACCCAGAUUGAGACUAAGGUUAAGCAGCAGCAGGACAUGGGGAGUCAGGUACGUGUUCCAAAGGAACGACCUUAUUCCUGCUCCGAGUGUGGCAAAUCCUUUCUGCUGAAGCAUCAUUUGACAACCCAUGCGCGAGUCCACACCGGAGAGCGGCCCCACAUCUGCGUCCACUGCGGAAAGAGUUUCGCGCACAAACACUGUCUCCACACUCAUCUACUCCUGCACAGCGCGGACAGACCUUAUCAGUGUCGCGAGUGUAAAAAGUCCUUCACGUUGAAGCAUCACCUGGUGACGCACACACGUGUACAUACACGCGAACGUCCGUUCGUCUGCCAGGAAUGUGGUCGAGCGUUUCCCCUGAAGCGUCACCUAGUGACCCAUAGUAAAUUCCAUUCAGGGGAACGUCCCUUCGUGUGCGAGGAGUGCGGCGAAUCCUUCUCACAGAAGGACCACCUUACAAUGCAUUCGCGUUUCCAUGGCAGUUUACAUCCUUUUGUAUGUCACGACUGUGGCGCAACGUUCCAGAGGAAGUUCGAGCUGGUGAACCACGGUCGGCUACACGGCAGGGUACCUCACUCGUGUACUGUCUGCGGUAAGGAGUUCCUGCAGAAGAGAACGCUCCUGGCACACAUGCGGCUUCAUACCGGUGAAUCCCUUUGCCUGCACCGUGUGUGGUGAGGCCUUCCCCAGGAAGGUGGACCUGGUGACUCAUUCGAAGAUACACAAUAA